AUGUCUCAACCGUUUCCAACGACGUAUACAAGGAGCGACUACCCGCUCUUCGCCGUCGACUUUGAUCCGGAAGAUGACUCGCGAAUCAUCGCUGGCGGCGGUGGCGGCCCAAAUCGUUCCGGCGUGCCCAACAAGCUUACCGUUUUGGAAACCUCCAACGCAGACGACUUGCGCAUCGUUGGAGAGCUCGAUUUGCCACGCGACGAAGACAGCAUCAUGUCCCUCGCCUUUACUGGACGCAAGGGAAAGACUAUAAACGUUCUUGCGGGCGUCAACUCGCACACGGAUGACAUUGCCAAGGGCGAAAAUAAGCACCUGCGCAGCAUUGCAAUCCGAGGCGCCGGUUCCGACACCAGCGUCAAGGAGGAGCACCGCCACCCGCUCAUCAUCGACUCAGCUACGGCCGUCUACCAACGGCUGCUGCGAGUCGCCGGAACCCUCGGCGCAGCGGCCUCGGCCAACGGCAAGGACCCUCAGAUUGCCCUCUUCGACGUCCCCAGCAGCAAGGGCAGCACGCUAAAACGCCGUGGGACAAUUGAGCUUCCCAGAGAAGCAGAGGACCUCGACGUCUUGCAGCUGGCGGAUGGAAGUCACCUCAUGACGUACUGCUACGGCUAUGAGCUGUUUCUGGUCAAGCUGGGCAAGGACCAAGAGGAUCCGCAGCUCAUUUAUACAAUUCCCGCCGAGGAAGCCAACCGGCCCAAGUUUCGCUUUGCUCGAUUCCUCGGGCCCGAGUUCGUACUCACUGUUGCCAAUAUCGGACGCGCCGGUGCUGUUGUCCACGGCUUCCGCUUACCAAAGGCUGGACAAGAAAAAGCACGCCUGGCCGUCUCGGCCAAGCUUGAUCGCAAGACGCAAGCCACAGCCUUUGCACUCGCAAGCCUGUCGCGUCCUACCUUCGGUCCAAAGGGAGGCAUCGAAGCCCUCGGCGACACGCAAUUCGUCAUGGCUGUUGCUCGCGGCGACGCUUCCAUUUCUCUCAUGUCGCUGACGCACGUCGCGUCGCCAGCAAUCAAUCUUCUCACCAAGCUUCACCCUCUGACGACGCUCCAGGGCGUCCACGGCAACAGCGAAAUCACGGGCAUGGCACUGUCCACCUUUAUUAUGUCUACGAAGAAGGCAGUAGCGGGAGAGACGCAGUACCUGAAGCUCGUGAGCGUCACAAUGUCGAAAUCGAUUGCGCUGCAGAGCAUCCCGCUCAAACAAUUCAUUGACACGACACCACGAAGCAAGAACGCGCCCCCCCGUCCCGUCCGCUACGUUACCAAGCUUGAUGCCAGAGCGCCCACUACAGCCAGGACUGCGAUUACGCUCUUUUCGUUUGUAGUGCUUCUGCUUGCGCUCAUUGGGCAGUCCAUUGUAGAAAUCAUGGGCAAGGGCUAUCCCAUCCUUAAUCCGCAGCGCUUCUUCCCAGGUACUUCGACGCCCGUCGCAACAGCUAUUGUUGCGCCACCCGUGGUCCAGCAGCAUGCUGCAUCUGCUGUCGCCGAGACGUUCCUGAAGGACGACCUCCUCGCCAAGAUUGUCGGCGACGGCCAGGUGCCUACAGAAGUUGUCGUUUUGUACGCCGAGACGCCUACCGCGGCCGCCGGCGAGGAGGAAAACGCCGCCGCCACGGCGGACAUUAAAGUCGCAGUCCACGACGAGAAAGCCCACGGGCCGGGCAAGUCUUGGGAAGAUUUGUCAGAGGCGGCGCAGCAGGCGUGGAAGGCUCGUCUGCGUGAUGCCGGCGCAUGGACGCAGCAAAUGGGCGAGAGUGUCUUCAAGGGCAUUCUCUUUGGCGAGAUUGGUGGCGCUAUCGGCCAUGCCAUGGCCGGGUAA